AUGGAGACAGCUCCACAAGAGGUUAGGGUGGUGGAGGAGAACCUUGUCCCUGGUGAGCUGACGCAGCACAUUGUAGAGGUCCCAACCAUUCAGGAGGUCAUCACGGAGCAGGAGAUUCCGGAGGUGCGCAGGGUGAAGAGAUUCAAGCAGGUUGCAGAGGACGGUCAGCUUGUGGACCUUCCAGGCCCUGGGGCACCUCAGCCAGCUCCGCAGAUGGCUCCCAUCAUGGCCCCACCGGCAGCUUCACCCACAGCUACUCCAGUCACAUCUGCCCCAGCAACCGCACCUGCAACAGCACCGGCAGCAGCGCCUGCCUUGCUCGAUGCGCCGCCAGCGGAGCCCAUGCAGGCUCCAGUGCCGACCCAGACGACGGCCGCGCCCAUCGUCGGCCAGGUGGUGCAAGCGCCCCCCAUUUUCGUCAUGGUGGCGCCGCCAGUGUUCUUGGACCCUGUGCCGUACAAGGAAGGCCCCAGGCCUGGCCAACCGAUCGUGGAGAAGCCCGUCAUCAUCCCCAAGGAACGGAUUAUCCACCAGCCGGUAGAGGAGGUGGUGGAAGUGCCAGUUCCAGUUGUUCAGGAAGAGAUCGUGCACGUUCCGAAGGUCAUCACUGCCACCCGCCAAAAGCAGGUGGCUGUGGAGCAGAUUGUGGACAUCCCUGUGCAACAAGAACAGGUGGAGAUCGUUCAAGUACCGAAGAUAGUGGAGCAGAGGCAAAGGACUGUCAUGAACCACGUGGAAGAGGUGGUGGAAGUGCCAGUUCCCGUCACUCAAGAGGAGGUGGUGCAUGUGCCGGUUGUGAAGACGGCAACCCGCCAGCGACAGGUGCAUGUUGAGCAAAUAGUAGACGUUCCAGUGGUGCAAGAGCAAGUGGAGAUCGUGCACGUUCCCAAGGUUCUUCAGCAGCGCCGCGUUCUGCAAACACCUGUGGAGGAGGUGGUGGAAGUACCCGUCCCCAUCAACCAGGAGGAGGUCGUGCACGUUCCAAAGGUCAUGGAGCAGGAGCGGGUGACAAAUUUCCACGUAGAAGAGUGGGUUGACAUACCGAUCGAGUCUCGUGUGGAGAAGAUCGUGCACGUCCCCGUCAUCCGUGAAGAACAAAGAAUAAUCCAAAAUCCCAUAGAGGUUGUCGUCGAGGUCCCGCAGCCUCAAGUGGUGGUCAAGGUGGUGGAGGUUCCGAAGAUCACAGUGGAGGAGAAGAUCAUCAAGGUACCCAAGAUCACGCACACCGUGGUGGACACUGUGAUUCAGAACCAGCUGCAGAUCGUUGAGGUGGAGAAACCCACCGUCGUGCACAAAACCGUGCAGCGGAGGAAGCCGGUGAUCGAGGAGGAGAUUGUCGUCAUCCCCAAGGCCUCGACGACAACUCAAGUCCCCCAGCCUGUGCCUCAAGCACUAGUGCCCCAAGCGAUGCCGAUGGAGCCAGCGAUGCCCGAGCCCGCAGCCGAGCCCAUCCAGACAGCGCCGGCGCCAGAGGAGCUGGCAGGAGAGCUGAUGGAGCCAUACGAGGUUGAGGUGCCUCAGAUCGAGUGGAUCGACAAGAUUGUUGAGGUUCCUGUCCAAAAGAUCAUAGAGGUUCCGCAGCAGAUGGUGGUGCAGAAGGAGGUUGAGGUGCCGGUUGUGGAGUACGUGGACCAGGAAGUGGAGUUGCCUCAAAUAGCUCACCGGCAUGUGCCCAUGGUAAAUGUAGUCCAGAAGACGGUGGAGGUCCCUCAGAUAGAGUACGUGGACAACGUGGUUGAGGUGCCCGUCCAGAAGCAGGUGAUGGUGCCACAGGUCACCACGAUCCAGAAGCACGUAGAGGUUCCGCAGGUGGAAUACGUUGACCAGGAGAUCGAGGUGCCCAUCCAGAAGCACCGUCACGUGCCUCAGGUGUCUGUGAAGCAGCACACAGUGGAAGUACCUCAGGUGGAGUACGUAGAUGAGGAAGUCCAGGUUCCCUUCCAAAAGCAGGUGCAUGUCCCUGUGGUGAACACCAGCCAGAGAGCUGUCGAGAUUCCGCAGAUUGAGUAUGUGGACCGUCAUGUUCACAUUCCCAUUCAGAAAGCUAGGCACGUCGGCGUCUCCAGCCAGGUGGAGAGGACUGUGGAGGUUUCCGUGGUCGAGACGUUGGAGAAGGUGGUCGAUGUCCCGGUCAUUAAGCAGGUAACUGUGCCAACGACGCAGACCAUCGAAAAGAUUGUCGAGGUUCCCUUCAUUCAGACCGUGGAGAAGAUUGUCGAGAUUCCGAUUGGUGGCGAGACAAAGACCGGCGUUACCAGGGUCACGCAGGUGAAGCUCGAUCCGAUCCGGCAGAAGCUUGACGAGAAUGUGAUUCAGCAGGUUCUGACUGGACCUGACUUGCCAGCUGAGAUGGUAUCAGCGCAGGACUGA